GCAAACUGUAAACAGAAUCGCUAGUUUCGUUUGACCGCCGCAUCUUUCGAUUUGUUUUCCGGAGAAAAAUCCGAAUUAAAUGGUGCAAAAACCGUGAAAAUUACAGCGAAAGUUGUUAAAAGUUGUCGUAAGAAUUGCAACGCCUCAAGUGUUUGUGAAAUCUAGUGGAAUAACGUGUGUUUCACACCCCGAAAAAGCGUUCUACCGCAUCCAUCCGUUUGAGGUUAAGAUUCACUAUGGAUUUCAGUGCACUGCUUCAACAGGCCCAGAAGCUGACCCAUGAAACGCAGGUCUCCGAUGACCUGCCCCGGGUGGAACGCACCCUUCCGCAGGUGCUGCAGGCCACGCAAGAACUGCACUCCAGAGUGUCCCAAACCGGAGCGCAGGACAUGCAAGCGCACAUCCUGCUGGGACACAAGGGAAUCGAUUUGCCGAAGAUUUCGCAAAAGCUGGAAACGCUGAGUUCGCGCAAAACGUUCGAACCGUUGGAUCCGAUUUCGACGACCGACAUCCAAAGCUUCCUGCGGAACGAGAAGGAGAAUGCCAUCCUGUCGGUGAUUGAGGAAGUGCACAAGAACUCGUACCAGGCGGCACAGAACCAGAAGUGGGAACACACCAUGAACGACUGGAAGCUGGAGAAGGUGAAGCUGAUGAAUGCGCUGAUUGGCCCGUCGCAGAACUGGAUCGACAUCCGGAAGGGACCGGAGCAGACGAUUUUGAACGAGAGCACGUUCGGAGGAAGGUCAUCGCUGAACAACCAGGAGAUGGCCUACGCUCGGGAAGUCUACGAGUAUAACAAGCUGGUCAAUGAGGGUGCCAUGCGGCCAUCGUUGGUGCAACGGUUCGCCCAGGUGGCCGAGAGCUUCAACGAUUCGAAGGUGAACGAUAUUUGGGAGAUUAUGAAGUAUAUGACGAAUGUGACGCCAAGUCCGCGGACACAGGAUCCCCUGAGGGCCCGGUGCACCCAGACCCAGUUCAUCGAGCAGGCCAAGCGAUAUCUGGAGAAUCGCUACAAGUUGUUUAUGCAGACGGUCAUUUCGGAGCAUCUUCGGGACGCCCAACGGGGUGGGAUUCCGAGUGUUCUGAAUCUGGUCGGAUCGUUUGUGGGAUUGAAGUUCGCCAAUCAGAACAAUUCUACCUUCAUCGGGUUGCAGGAUGGCCACGUGGACGGGAAGCCUCUCUGGCCGAUGGUCUACUACUGUCUGCGCUGUGGAGAUAUCAAUUCCGCAUUGAAGUGCAUGCAGAUGGCCGGUCCUGGUCACGACGACUUCAUCGCGAUACUGGAGGAGAAGUGCCGGAAACCCGGUCAGAAGGUUAAUCCCAAGCUGGAGCUGCAAAUCCGGAUGCAGUACAAGCGUCAGAUCCGAAACGCGAUCGAUCCGUACAAACGGGCCGUUUAUUGCAUCAUCGGCUGCUGCGAUAUUCAGGAACAGCAUCCGGAGGUGGCCAAGAGCUCCGACGACUUCCUGUGGAUUCAGUUGUCCCUGAUCCGGCCCGAAUCGGAUGAAAAUUCCGAACACUUGACCUACUCGGCACUGCAGGCGAUGAUUCUGGAACAAUAUGGAGAGAAGCACUUCAAUGCCAACGAUCAGCCCCAUCUGUACUACCAGGUUCUGGCGUUGACCGGCCAAUUCGAGGCGGGGAUCGAAUUCCUUGCGCGGUUCGACAAGUACCGUGCCCAUGCGGUUCAUAUUGCGCUGGCAAUGAGCGAACUGCACAUGAUCGGAGGUCCCCGGAAUCUUCAGGAACCGUUGCUGUCGGUCGACAUCGAAGACCCACAGCCCAUGCGUCGGCUCAACAUCGCCCGGCUGAUCAUGCUGUACGUGAAAAAGUUCGAAAUCACCGAUCCGGCCGAAGCGCUGCAGUAUUUCUUCUUCCUUCGGAACCUCCGCGACACCGAAGGGCGCAAUCUGUUCCUGGUGUGCGUUUCCGAUUUGGCCAUCGAGUGUCGCGACUUUGAUUUGCUGUUCGGAAAGAUGCAGCGCGACGGAAUCCGGUCCCGGGGGUUGAUUGACCAGUUCGAGAGUAGCCACAUCGACGCCAAGAUGGCCUGCGAAAUGAUCGCCGAGGAGUUUGUCAAGAAGGGCAUGUUCGAGGAUGCCAUCAAGCUGUUCGAUCUGGCCGGAAACAACGAGCAAGCGCUGCGCUAUUCGUCGAUAUUGCUAUCUCAGGUGGUUCAUCAACCGAGCAAGGCCGGAUCCCUGCGGGAACGGCUGCAGCGGAUGGCACUGGAAUUCACCGAAAGGUACGCCGGAGCAGAGAAGAACUGCGAUCCUCAGACUUGGUCCACGUUUAGCCUGCUGAAGGAGUUGGUCAUCUUUUUCGAUCACUAUCACAACAGGAACUACCAACCGGCGCUGGAAGUGCUGGAACGGAUCAAGUUGGUGCCGCUGAGGAUGGCCGACCUGGAGGCGUGCGUGCACAACUUCAAACGCCUCGGAGGCGAAGUUUGCAAGGUCAUUCCGGAUCUGCUGCUGGCCACGAUGGACAUCGCCUACAAUAAGUACAAAGUGCUGAAGGGCAAGGACGAUUUGAACGAACUGAAACUGAAGCAACUGAACUACCUCCGCGAGCAGGCGAAAGCCCUGACCAACAUGGCUGCAACCGUACCAUACCGGAUGCCUGGCGACACCAACAAUCGACUCGUCCAAACGGAAAUUCUCAUGCAUUGAAAGAACACCCAACGAUUAUGUCCACAAAUAAAUGUCCGCUUUUAUUGCCAAUAAGUAGUCCUAGUUCCCUAAAUAUAAACACACCCAACCGA